AUGGUUGCCUCGACGGCCCUGCACGGUCCAAUAGGAAUGCAGCAGAUAACCGGAGAUGAUAAGUGUAGGUUGAGUAGCCGAAAGUCGGCCAAGCCGGAAAAGGCGAGUGGACCCCCUCCACGGGUAAUAGAUCGUCGCGCAUCCGUCCCGGUUCUGCCGGUGGGCAUGAAAUUGGUGAAAAUUUCCCCUCCGCCCACGAUCCACGAUGCGACCCACGCCAUCAGCUCGCGGGUUGAUCAAAGAAACAGGCGUUCCUAUACGGGAGCGGGGGGCACGGUAAAUCCAAGCGAGUGGAUUGCCUGGUUUGGGUUUAGUGGCGUCUCGAGUUGCGGGCCGCUGCCUCCAGAGGGCAAGUAA